AUGAGCAAGAUUGAGAGCGUCCUUACAGACAAGGCCCCCAAGCCACUCCCACAGUUUUCGCAGGCGAUCAAGUACAAUGGCCUGGUCUACUGCUCAGGCAACAUCGGGCUCGACCCGGCAACCUUUACAGCCGUCGCGGGUACUGUUAAGGACAGGACGGCAUCCCUGAAGAACCUCGAGGCCGUCCUCGAAGCAUCCGGCAGCAGCAAGAGGAAUGUGCUCAAGGUCAACAUCUUCAUCACCACCAUGGACGACUUCGCCACGAUGAAUGAGGCGUACGAUGAGUUCUUCUCUUUCGAGCCGAAACCUGCCCGGACUUGUGUUGCUGUCAAGCAGCUCCCCUUCAACACUGACGUUGAGAUUGAGUGCACAGCGGUACUUCCGGGAUCAUCAGCCAAGCUGUAA